AUUUGUCAUACGUGUAUCGAAAACCACACAAAAAGACAAACACUGCGCACAAUUGAAGUUAAGACGGUGCUUUGUAUACAAAUGAAAGACGGACGUAUUUUGAAUCCGCAACUAAAAUGGCGACCUCCAGCAGUCGAUCAUGCCUCCAGUAUCUCUUACAUCUUGCCCAAGAUAAUCUGGAUUUCAGAUUGCCGGAGAUCAAAGCUCUGCUGGCUCUCAGAGGAAAGCCUUUCCAUCCCAGUGGCGACUUCCAAGAAAAGUCUCCUUUCUGGUGUCUGGACGGUUUGUCCGAGGAGAAUGUCCGCGGCGUCAUGGCCAGAUCGGUUUGUGCCAAGUCUGCUUUUGAACUGUGGGGCCACGGACACACCCCCAGUGAGCUCAGGACCUCCCUCCUGAACUACCCGUCAGAGAACAGGUCACCGUUCGUGAACAAAGACUCGACCUACAGGAUCAAUGUUUACACGUUCAACAAGACGCUGGAGUUUGCAGACAGAAUCAAAAGGAUUGAUGCCUUGGGGUACCUGUCGUUUGAAGGCUCCGUGAGCCUGAAGAGCCCUCAGCACGUGUUCUGCCUGCUGGAGGACUACGGCUCGGACCCCAACGCCAUCCCCCAGCAGCCCAACCACAUCUACUUUGGCCGCUGGAUCGCAGACGGCCAGCGGGAGCUGAUCCGCUCCCACAGUGUGAAGAACAGGCACUUCAUCGGGAACACCAGCAUGGACGCCGGGCUCUCCUUCAUCAUGGCCAACCACGCCAAGGUCAAGGAGAACGACGUGGUCUUCGACCCCUUCGUUGGCACCGGGAGCCUGUUGGUGGCCUGUUCUCACUUCAGAGCCUACGUCUGUGGAGCCGAUAUCGACUACAACACCAUCCAUGGCAGAGGUCGCUCGAGCCGUACGAACCAGAAGUGGCGAGGACCCGACGAGAACAUCCGAGCCAACCUGCGUCAGUAUGGAACAGAGGAGAUGUAUCUGGAUGUCAUGGUGUCGGAUGCCUCCAAGCCCGUGUGGAGGGAGGCGGCUCUGUUUGACGCCAUCAUCACUGACCCGCCGUACGGGAUCCGAGAGUCCACGAGGAGAACGGGCUCCAGCAAAGACGUGACGAGACCCCCCGACGGCAUCUAUUUGGAGUCUCACGUCCCGGUCUCACAGGCGUACCACCUGAGUGACAUCUUCACGGAUCUGUUAAACUUCUCUGCCCACCACCUGGUCAUGGGGGGGCGGCUGGUCUACUGGCUGCCUGUCUACAGACCAGAGUACCGCGAGGAGUCGGUGCCGCUCCACCCGUGUCUGCUGCUCGUCAGCAACUGUGAGCAGACGCUGUCCAGCCACACGUCUCGCCGCCUCAUCGCCAUGGAGAAGGUCAAGCAGCCCGAGGAACUGGACCGCCUGGCUCAGCGGGCCGCGCCGCGCUGCAGUCCGUUCCAGGGACACAACGCCUUCAGGGAGAAGUACUUCAGUGGCGUGAACAAGAGGUGUGGCAAGGAGGACGGCCGGGCGGCGCUCAACGGCAGUGAGGACUCGAGGACGCCAACCAGCUGGCCACGCCCCAAAGUAACCAGCUGGCCACGCCCAAAGCAACCAGCUGGCCACGCCAAAGUAACCAGCCACACGCCCAGCAACCAGCUGGCCACGCCCCAAAGUAACCAGCUGGCCACGCCCCAAAGCAACCAGCUGGCCACGCCCCAAAGUAACCAGCUGGCCACGCCCAAAGCAACCAGCAGGCCACGCCCCAAAAUCAUCAUCAAGCACAACCAAAGGACUCGGACGCUGUGA